UGCGUAUCUAGAGUUUGGACCUAUCAAACUCAAAUUUAAGGUUACAUAGACUCGGCAAAAAGUGGUUGUAUUUUUAUGUUUUUAAUUUAUCAUAUGAUAUAAAAUGAUGUUAUAUGUGACAUACAGUGACAAAAAGAUAUUUUACUCUCUAUAGAAAUUAGACAACAGUAUAUACAUAUAAUGAUAGUGUUAAAUACAAAUAUAUAAUUAGUGCCCGAUGUAUCGGACACAUAUCCCACACCCUUGUCCAAGUGUUGGAUGUCUGACAUGGGUAUUUGAUUCAUUUUGAAGAGUCUAUGUAAUAUAGGUCUUGACUAAUGAUAAUGUUUCAACUUUUAUAUAAGAUUCACUGUGCUACAUAUAGUAUGGCUAUUAUGGGUCUACACUAUAUUCACCAUAAGAUUAUUCUUUUUCUUGGCAGCGCCCCAAGGGGCAUGGUUCAAGGGAUUUCAGGAGGAGCUUGUUCUGUACACUGAUUGGAACCUGCUGCACCUUGUGAGAAGUAGAGGACUACCAUUUGUCUCUAGGGUGGAAAUUCUUUCUAAAAUGGGCGGUCGACCUGUGUCGUAGAUUCCCUCAUGCUUCAUAUUAAUGUCUAUUUUGAUGUCAGCUUUGAAAUCGGCAAACAAAAAGUUGAAAAAAAAAUGACGAAGACUGAAAAGAUUCAAGACAUUGUUGUUUGUAUAUGAUUUUUUAUUGUAUUCCUUCACUUCCAUUGUGCCUAUUAUUGGAAAUUCUUAAUGCUUUAUUCUUGAUUAUCUGUAGAACUUGCAAGAUGAGAUGCGAUGGACCUUGAUGGAUGUGAGCAAUGAAAUUCAAGAGUCUCUUGGUUGAAGCUAUGAUGUACCUGAUCACAGUCAGUGAUGAGGAAGAACUAAUGGGUGACCUCGAUGCUUUGGAAGCUGACGUGGGCAUGGAGACAAAGGUGAUGGAGUGCCUGCAUAUCUUCAUCCUGAUCUGGAAGGAGGAGCUCAUCUUGCCAUCAGCACCAACAGGGCAUGCAGCACCAGCAGUACCAGCUAGCAGAGUCAACCAGGAUACACUGAUCGAACUUUGCAGAAGUAGCACUACCACGACAAGUUUGGCGAACCUUGCUAUGCAAAAUUUUCUUACAGAAAGGACAGUGUCAAAGGAAAGAAAUACAAGAUGAAUCGAUGCUUUAUGAAUGUAAUAAGGGUCUGCUUGUAUAGGAAAAUUGGUGACUUUUCGAAUGGUCGUAGUGACUUUCCGAUGAAGAGAGACAACUCUUUCAUUGAAUAAGUAGAAUAGAAUAGACAUGACUGUUUUUUCAAACAGAUUUG